UAAAUUUGUACUAUAACCUCAAAUUUCACACCAUUUUAACAUUGCAUUUACAUCAAAAAAAUUAUAAAUAUGAACAAACUUUUAAAUUUGCAAAAAACUAUUGGACUGGCUAAAUGCAAUUUACACACCACUAGUGCUUGCAAUGAAAUACAAAAAAUGUCCAGGUUAAGGGUUGUCGACAACAGUGAUAUUGGCAAACAGGCCAUGGCUGAGGGUAAACCACCAAAAUGUAUACACGUUUAUAACAAAACUGGUAUCGGUAAAAUAGGUGACAAAGUUUUAGUAGCAAUUAGAGGUGAAAAAAAGAAGGGAAUCCUAGUGGGACUUAAGCAAAAUCAAAAGACCAAAGUGCCAAAAUUUGAUAGCAACAAUAUAGUACUCAUAGAUGAUAAUGGUACACCAUUGGGAACAAGAAUUCAUGUACCAAUUCCUACAAUCUUAAGAACAAUUUUAAAAGAAAAAACUCAGGCCAAAGGUGCUGAUUACACAAAAUUAUUAGGAAUUGCUUCGCGAUUUGUGUAAAAAGGAUGUGUAUAUAGUUGUUAUAAUAAUAUAAGUUUAAGAGUUU